GAGGCAGAUUCUGGAAAGGUUAAAAACGAGAUGGAAUUUAGCUCCUAGGAUCUCAAACAUGACACGCCUCUUUUGCUGUCUCUGUCCAGAUGUUUGAGAAGUGGAGCAAGGGAUUCAAUCGACCAUCCUUCCUGCUCAGACUGUGGGGAGGGAUUCACUUGGUCAUCUGACCGACUGGCAUGCCCGUCAUUUUACACAGGGGAAAGGCCGUUCACCUGCUCAGACAGUGGGAGUGGAUUCACUCAGUUAUCUCAAUUGAAGGUACAUCAGCAAGUUCACACUGGACAAGGCCAUUCAUCUCAUCUGUGUGUGAGAAGGGAUUCAGUCGGUCAUCCCACCUCUGGACACACCAGGCAAUUCACACUGGGCAGAGGCUGGUCAUCUGCUGAAUUUGUGGGGAAGGAUUCACUCGGUCAUCUGACCUAAUGGCUCAUCAGCGGGUUCACACUGGGGAGAAGCCGUUCACCUGCUCAGACUGUGGGAAGAGAUUCGCUAAUUCAUCCACCCUACAGAGACAUCAGCGAGUCCACACUGGGGAGAAUCCAUUCACCUGCUCAGUCUGUGGGAAGGGAUUCACUCGGUCAUCCAACCUACUGGCACAUCAGCGAGUUCACACUGGGGAGAAGCCAUUCACCUGCUCAGUCUGUGGGAAGAGAUUCACUAAUUCAUCCACCCUACAGAGUCAUCAGCGAGUUCACACUGGCGAGAAGCCAUUCACCUGCUCAGUCUGUGGGAAGAGGUUCACUGAUCAAUCCACCCUACAGAAACAUCAGCGAGUUCACACUGGGGAAAAGCCGUUCACGUGCUCAGAAUGUGGGAAGAGAUUCACUGAGUCAUCCAGCCGACAGAGACAUCAGCGAGUUCACACUGGGGAGAAGCCAUUCACCUGCUCAGUCUGUGGGAAGAGUUUAACUCGGUCAUCCAACCUACUGGCACAUCAGCGACUUCACACUGGGGAGAAGCCAUUCACCUGCUCAGUCUGUGGGAAGAGAUUCACUAAUUCAUCCAGCCUACAGGGACAUGAGCGAGUUCACACUGGGGAGAAGCCAUUCACCUGCUCAGUCUGUGGGAAGAGAUUCACUGAUCAAUCCACCCUACAGAAACAUCAGCGAGUUCACACUGGGGAAAAGCCGUUCACCUGCUCAGAAUGUGGGAAGAGAUUCACUGAGUCAUCCAGCCUACAGAGACAUCAGCGAGUCCACACUGGGGAGAAGCCAUUCACCUGCUCAGUCUGUGGGAAGAGAUUCACUAAUUCAUCCAGCCUACAGAAUCAUCAGCGAGUUCACACUGGGGAGAAGCCGUUCACCUGCUCAGAAUGUGGGAAGGGAUUUACUCAGUUAUCCAACCUACAGAGUCAUCAGCGAGUUCACACUGGGGAGAAGCCGUUCACCUGCUCAGUCUGUGGGAAGAGAUUCACUAAUUCAUCCAGCCUACAGAAUCAUCAGCGAGUUCACACUGGGGAGAAGCCGUUCACGUGCUUAGAAUGUGGGAAGAGAUUCACUCAGUCAUCCAGUCUACAGAGUCAUCAGCGAGUUCACACUGGGGAGAAGCCAUUCACCUGCUUAGAAUGUGGGAAAGGAUUCACUCAGUCAUCCAAACUGCUGGUACACCAGUCAGUUCACAGUGGGGAGUGGCCAUUCACCUGUUCAGACUGUGGGAAGGGAUUCACUUGCACGUCUAAGCUAAUGGCUCACCAGCGAGUUCACACUGGACAGAUGCUGUUCACCUGCUCAGUCUCUGAGAAGAGAUUUACUGAGUCAUCCAACCCAGUGGCACAUCAGCAAGGUCACACUGGGGAGAAGCCGUUCACCUGCUCAGUCUGUGGGAACAGAUUUACUCAGUCGUCCCUCCUGCAGAGUCAUCAGCGAGUUCACACUGGGGAGAGGCCGUUCACCUGCUCAGUCUGUGGGAAGAGAUUCACUCACUCAUCCACCCUACAGAAUCAUCAGCGAGUUCACACUGGGGAGAAGCCAUUCACCUGCUUAGCCUGUGGGAAAAGAUUCACUCAGUCAUCCACCCUACAGAAUCAUCAGCGAGUUCACACUGGGGAGAGGCCAUUCACCUGCUCAGUCUGUGGGAAGAGAUUCACUCAGUCAUCCAACCUGCAGAGUCAUCAGCGAGUUCAUACUGGGGAGAAGCCAUUCACCAGCUCAGAAUGUGGGAAAGGAUUCACUCAAUCAUCCCACCUACUGGCACACCAGUCAGUUCACAAUGAGGAGUGGCUGUUGUUGUGAAUCCCUAGAUUUCGUUUGCUGUGGACUAUCAUUUUGAGAGAGAGAGAGAGAUUAAGAAGGGAAAUCAGUCUGACUUGCAGCUUGUUUACAUUGCUCGCAGUUUGUUUAGUUUUAACCAAGGACACAGAUACUCAGUCAGAUGGAGAUGAAGGAGGAAAAAUGGAAGGUUUGAAACAAGGGAACUACUGGCCAAGGGUCACUGUUUCGAACUUUCCUCUGCCCACAAGGGUGGGUUAAUUAUCGAUUCAGCAUACAUUGAAUGUGUGAUUGUCAUCUCGUUUGAUCCAUAGGAGUGGAUCUGAUUUGGGGUAUCCUGUGAAGACCACUUAUGUGUUAACCCUUGCCUGGGUGUGGUAUGGAAAUUCACUUGAAGACGAUACCUCUUGUGACAAGUCACUUCUGGUGAUAAUUUGUAUGUGGAUUUGGAACGACGACAGAUAAGAUCUACAGCGACUGUUCCCUCGUUUUACCACCAUGGAUGCUGUGGAAUUCAACGUUAUUGCCUUUUCUCGAUAUUUACCCUGGAUUACAAAUAUCUCUCUCUCCUCAACUAUUCUGUGGUUGAACUGAACUUUCAUAGUUUACCAUCUCAAGACUCCAAGCCUUGUUUCCCCUGAGCUCAAUAGUUUGGGAGUUAUAUUUACCCACAUAUAUACAUAUAACACUGUUAACUUUUGUUUAUCUUGCUUAAGUUACUGUAUUGUUAGUAGGUACUAAUAAAGAUAGUGGAUUUAACAUCAAAAACAGACUCUUGGUGUAGUCUAUUGCUGCUGACUCAUUUCUAUAGUGUUACGGGGUCAAAAUUGGGGCCUGCAUCCAAUACAGGAAAAGAUUUGGAGGCGUAUUGAUUAAUUAUCGAUUUCAUUGGAGAAAUCCCUUUUGAUUUAUUUGUGUAUGGAAAAUCAGCAGCAAUGGAUGUUGAUAGAUGUCUGGAAGCGCCAACCUCUGAGGCGUUAGAGGACACCAGAAGGAUUGAGUUGCUGAGUAUUGCUAAAAGGUUAAAACUUGCUAAGGUGAAAUCGACAAUGAGGAGGUCACAGAUGCAGAGGAAAAUAGCUGAGUAUUAUGUAUCUGAGGGUGUGUUUAAAGUGCAGGAGUUGGAGGUGUUUCCUGAAAGUAAACCUAGUGAGCUUGAGCUCCCGUACAAGUUAGAAAAAAUAAAGAUAGAGGCUGUGGAAAGGCAGAGGCAGGUUGAGGCUAAAGACGCAGAAAAACAGAGAGGAAGCAGAAAGACAGAGGCUGUUCGAGCUGGCAAUGAUAGAGAGAUUGCAGCAAAGGGGUGUAGCAUUAGACUCUGGUGAUAAGUUUGAGGCCAGUCGGGAAGUUAAAUUGGUACCCCCAUUUGUCGAGGCAGAGGUUGAUAAAUAUUUUCAGCAUUUUGAGAAGGUUGCUCAGGGUUUAAAGUGGUGAAAAGAGGGUGGCCUAUUCUCUUACAAAGUGUAAUUAAGGGGAAGGCUCAGCGAGCCUAUUCUGCUUUGACAGUUGAUGAAGCAGCUGAUUAUGACAUAGUGAAACAGGCUGUGCUCAAAGCUUAUGAGUUGGUCCCAGAAGCAUACAGGCAAAAGUUUAGAAAUUCGAGGAAACCUGUGAACCAGACCUAUAUGGAAUUUGCUUAUGAGAAGUUUGUGUGUCUUGACCACUGGUGCACAUAUAAAAAUGUAAAUGAUGAUUUUAACAGCUUGAAAGAGUUGGUUUUAAUUGAAGAAUUCAGAAGGUGCGUCCCUGGUGACAUAAAGAUGUAUUUAGAUGAAAAGGAUGCUGCCAUUUUGCAGGAGUCUGCUCAAUUAGCAGAUGAGUUUGCUUUAACCCACAAGGUUAUGUUUACCCCGAGUAAGAGUUUCCAAAAGAGUCGCAGGGAUAACCAGGGUAAACCGGAAAUUAAAGCUGGGACUAGCGACAAGGGUAAGGAUGAAGGUAAGCAGUUGAAGGAGAAAUAUUCUGGUCUCUCUUGUUACUAUUGUAAGAAAGCUGGUCAUGUGAUGGCUAAUUGUUCUGUCCUGAAGAAGAAAAAGGAAAAGGAGGCAGUCCCAAAUACCUCUGAUUUGUAUGUUGAAGCACCUAUAAACCCACAGGUGGCUGUUAACCAGACAGGUGACAAUUGCAAGCUGUAUAUAUAUAAAAAAAAAUUUCUUGUUUUGAUGUGGACAUCCAAGUUUUUGUUUUUCCACUAUUUUUGUAAAUAAAAGCACCUCAAUAUAUUUUUGCCACUCAAGCCAUCUUGUUAUUUUUCUUAGACAGUUGACCCACAGUUUUUGUGACAGACUGGUACGAAGGCUCUUAGAAGGUUUCUGGGAAUGGUUGGAUAUCAUCGUAAGUUCUGUAAGAACUUUGCUGAUACUGCUCUUCCUCUGACUAAUCUCCUGAAGAAGGGUGAAAAGUUUGUUUGGACUGAGCCUUGUCAGGAAGCAUUUGAUCAAUUGAAAGUUAUUAUUUGGGAUGAGGCCAAUCAAUGUAGUGUUGUCAGCAAAUUUAAUUAACAGAUUGGAGCUGUGGGUGGCGACACAAGUCAUGGGUGCACAGAGAGUAAAGGAGGGGGCCAAGGAGACAACCCUGUGGGGUAUGUGUGCUGAGGGUCAGAGAGACAGAGGUGAGGGAGCCCACUCUUACCACCUGCCGGCCAUCUGACAGGAAGUCCAGGAUCCAGCUGCACAAGGCAGGGUGAAGCCGAGGUCUCUGAGCUUCUUGUCGAUACUUCACGCCUUCGUAUGGCUAAAGCUCUGCCCACGACUGCAAGGAACUGCAGAGAACUUUGGUCUCAUCUGGAAACAUCAUAGAAACAAGCCUCCCCUCUAUGGACUCUUCCUACACUUCCCCUGCCUCGGGAAAGCAGGCCGUGUACUCAAAGAUGCCCAUAACUUUGGACAUUAUUGCUGCAAACCGAAUCCCCCAACGGGGAAGAGAUACAAAAGCCUUAAACCACCAGGCUCAUGGACAGCUUCCUGUCUGCGGUUGUAAGCCAAAUUAAUGGUCUCCAGUCCAAUAAAAUGGACUCGACCUCACAAUGUAACUCGACGUGACCCUGCCCCAGAUGUCUAUCUGCACUGCACUUUCUCUGCAGCCAUAGUGCCUUGUUACAGUUAUUGUUUUAUCGUCUAUCAGUUCAAUGUGCUGUUGCAAUGUAUUGAUCUGUGUGGAUGGUACGUCAGGCAAGAUUUUCACUGUAGCUCAGUAUGUGAUAAGAAUAAACAAAUUCCCCAAUUAAUUGUGUGGAAAUAUUAGACAGACUGAGCUUCUGCUCUGGAACCACAGAGGGAAACUUAACUGUUGUCAUUUCUGAGGAAUGCAAAUAAAUAGAAAAGGCUUCAAUCUCGCAAUACGAUCUGCAGUAAUUGGGAUCAGGUGACCAGUGGUGGGUCUCCCAGACCAAUUAUCAGAAUCAGGUUUAAUAGCACCGGCAGAUGUCAUGAAAUUUGUUGUCUCUGCGGCAGCAAUAGAACCUAAUUCAUAACAAUAGAUUUUAACCAUUGUGAUUUAAAAUAAGAACAUACACAUUAAAUAGUUAAAUUAUAUAAGUAGUACAAAAUUAAAAAAUGUAAUAAACUAUUUUAAUUGUGUGGAACUAUUUGACUGAAUGGGUUAUUGCUUUGGAAAUUCUGGAGUGAAGCUUAAUGAAACUGUACUAAACUAUAACUGAACUUAUGAAAAGCUCAGAUAAAUACAAAAGGCUAAGUUCUCACAUAAAUGGGUUAUAUACCCAGAAACAUUGGCUGCCCUUCAGCAGGUAGAAACAGUGGAAUGAGGCCUAGUCCCAGGCCUCAGCCCAGUGGUUAUGGUCUGAGGCCUGGGACGAGGUGAGAGUAAGCAUUCGGCAUGGACUAGAAGGACCGAGAUGGCCUGUUUCUGUGCUGUAAUUGUUAUAUGGUUAUAUGGAAACAUGCUGAAAAUAUUGCAGAAAAAUCAUUGUCCACCCACAACGAGAGGACGUGACAAAUCCGGAUCCCUGUGCCUUGUCUGAAUGGGCGAAAGAUGAAGCUACAUGUACACGUAGAGCAGUGAACUACAGAUGCUGCAGAUCUGUGGAAAAACGUGAACAGGAAACAGGAUCACGUGACGGGUGCAGGGUCUCUCACCUGAACCAGUCACUCUGCUCCUCGCCCCUCACACACUGACCGAAACAUCCGCCGUGUUUCCCACAUCAUUCCAUAUUCACACCAGAUACAUAUUUACCUUUUCCCUCCAUAUCUUCGCUGUCCCUUUCCCUCCACCCCCAGGUCACAGAGUCAAGGGCUCGAUUCCCAUCCCGAUCCAAUACACAAUUCAAACCCAAGCUGGAAAUGUGCAGGUUUUAUUUAAAUCCGUCCAUGUGUAUAAACACUAAUUUCUAUUCACAUUCCUCCAGCCUCACUGGACAGGAACACUGAAACAUCAAGUGAGAAAUAGCAGGAGUUGGCUAUUCAGCCCCUCUAAGAUUAUGUCUGCUCUCCCAUCUCAGCCACAUGUUUCUGCCCGAUCCUCAUUUCCUUGAUCUCUUCGGUCUCCACACAUCUGCCGGCCUCUGUUUUAUGUGAGGACGAUCACUGAGUCUUCACUGGCCUCUGUGGUGGGGAUUUACAGACAUCCACCCCCCUCAGAGUGGAGACAUUUCCCCUCAUCUCAGUCCCGGACAGACCACCCCUUUUUUCAGAGACUGGGAUCCCUGGUUCAACCGGUAAUGAUGUUGUGCAUUUCAAUGUGUUCACCUCUCAGUCCUCGAUUCUCCAAGUGAAAGGGUUAUCACAUUUGAUCCUUCUUCAUAUGAUGACCCCACCACAUCAGGGAUCAGUCUGGUGAAUCUUCAUUGCACUCUCCAUAACAAAUACUCUCCAACCUCUUUGUUAAUCCUCUAUGGAAUUAAUUUCCAUCUUCUGCAGCCCCGUGUUGCCCCAACCACUCACCUCCCACCCCGUCACUA